UUACUGAUGGUUUUGAUCAUCUUCUAUGAUUCUGAUCCGUAAAGUAAGGUGCUGAUCACAUUUGACUUGAAAAUUCUCAUCUGACUGAUGUUUGUUGCCUUCCAUGUGCUUCUGAGUGAGGCAAACAUGUAGAACAUGGUGGGGUUGUUAGCCCUUCCACAGCCUAAUUUACCUCUAGGUGAGGUGUCCACCUUAGUCGCCUCUUAUGAAUGCUUGGCUGGAUGGCAGGGAGCCUAUUCUUACAAUACUCGCUAGUCAAGCAUACCCCGGGGUCCCGCAGGGGAACAAAUGUUUAUAAGAUCGCUGCAACAUUCAUGUCUUUGGCAGGUCACGCUUCCAAUCUUUUUGUAAAGAACUAUUACCACGAGUUCGUAGUCUCGCAAGGGGAAUAUCUAACCAGACCCCUCCGCUCUCCACCGGCCGUCGUCAGGGAAGUCCAAAAGUCUAGGAAUAUGCCUAGAGAGGGUGUUGUGCGUCAGUACAGUGAGCGUGAAGUGCCCGACCACACAGACGGCCCGCCAGUCAAGCGAGUGGAUCACAGAGGUGAGGGUCACUACUAUGGGUGGCUAGGUGACUGUGACAAGUGCGGUAGAGAGGUGGCCAGCUUCCUGCACAGUCUCCGUGUUGGCAGUUCAGGGAAUCCUACAACCAAUGUCACAAGCACAUCUAGGAACAUUACACCUACCAGUGUCGGUGCAACACCACCCUGUCUGCUGUGGAAGGAUAUGCUGGUGCUGUAUUGGGAGACUACGAGCGACAACUCGGGGUUUGUGACGGGGAUGAAAGAAUCGCGUAUUCAAGUGGAGGUGAUGAAAGAUGAUAACAUUGCGGACGUGGCCACGACCCGCAGUGACGUGGUGUGGGUCGCAGAUGGACCUCGUGUUUAGGGUCUGGAGAGAAAAGUCGUCGUGUGUCUGGGAAGAAUGACAUGUCAGUCUCACUUCACAACAUGUCACGGUGUACAUCACAGCUUGUGAUUGUCUCCCCUGAAUCUAACGGCUCUAGUGACCAAUAAUUACCUGAACAGAAAACUGAAUGUAAAGUCUUUAAAG